GUAAUUUCAAAAAGGUCAAUCUCACCUUUGAUCCUCGCUUCGGUCACGACGAAAAAGCUCAGGUUCAGGGCAGGGCUGUAAUGACUGCUGGAAACGAGACGGCAGAGAAGCCUGCAAGGGCCCAGCCUGGACCUGUCACGAACCUGCUGGCCGGAGGGGUAGGAGGAAUAUGUCUGGUGAUAACGGGGCACCCUCUGGACACUAUCAAGGUCCGUCUGCAGACGCAGCAGCCUGGCCAGGCACAGUUCAAGGGUACCUUAGACUGUGCACUACAGACGGUCAGACACGAGGGUGUCCGAGGACUGUACAGGGGGAUGCUGGCCCCACUGAUAGGAGUGACUCCAAUGUACUCAAUCUGCUUCUUUGGCUACGGUGUGGGCAAACAACUGCAGACAAAGUCACCCAAUCAGGAGCUCUCACUGCUGCAGCAUUUCAAUGCUGGAAUGGUGGCUGGAGUGAUGACAACUGUUAUCAUGGCACCUGGUGAGAGGAUCAAGUGUCUCAUGCAGAUCCAGCAAUCAAUGAAGGGCGAGGCCAAGUACUCGGGGUCCAUGGACUGUGCCAGACAGCUGUUCAGAGAGGGAGGGAUACGGAGUGUCUACAGAGGAACUGCUGCCACACUCCUCAGAGAUGUACCGGCUUCAGGACUGUACUUUGGUGGCUAUGAAUUUCUGCUCAACUGGUUGACUCCAGAAGGGAAAAGUCGGAAGGAUCUGAGUCCGGGGCGGGUGUUGCUGGCAGGGGGCGUGGCAGGGAUGGCCAACUGGGGUUGGGCAAUCGGUCCUGAUGUGCUCAAGUCAAGAUUCCAAACUGCUCCUGAAGGUCAGUAUACAGGAAUCAGACAUGUCUUCAGAGAACUGGUUAGCAUUUAUGUGGCAGUGUGUUUUCGUUGGGGCAAAAUUCAUUUACCACAUAGAUCAUCUAUCAUCCAUAGCAAUUGAGUGUCCAGGUGCAUGUGCUGACAAGAAAGAAUAUUAGGCAACAAAUCCUUUGAACCAAAAUGCGAAAUGAAGGACCCACAGCCAUGUUCCGUGGGAUAACUCCAAUCCUCCUUCGAGCCUUCCCAGCCAAUGCAGCCUGUUUCCUGGGGUACGAAGUGGCCAUCCGUGUCCUAGAGAUGGCUCUACCCAGUAACUGGUAGCAUCGGCUGGUUCCAGUAGAGUAUAUAUUAUAUUUCUCUAUUUUCAAUCUUCAUAAGCAUAAAAAAAUGUAUAUCAUCCAAAUGAUAAUUAUAUUGGCGACUACAUAGAUAAAAUCUGUGUAACACGAGGGUUAGGUAGUGUUUGCAGUGUCCAUACACUCACUGGUGUCCCUUCCCACCUCUUCACUGUCAUUUUCAUCAGCCUGUCCCUUCCUUUUCUUCCGUUCCCGGGCUCUUUUACGUGCAAGGAAUUCGUCGUAGUGCUGCUUUCUCCACUCACGGAACUUUCUCUUGUGUUCUAUCUGUUCCUCUGACAAAAGGUCAUCAGGGUCAACCUCAUUCUCACUGGAGUCCUCCCACCGACUAGCUCUCGGUUUCUCUGCAGCCUCUGUCACCCUACAUUAACACUUCAUGGUAUUAUUAUGUACAUACUUGUAUAUACAGUGAGACCUCCGAAAAAGGACCCUCAUAAUAGACCGUACAAUGGAAAUUUCUUGGCUCUGCUCCAUACUAGUGUAGUAUGUACACUGGACGUCUCAGAAUAGAGGAAACUUUCAACGUCCCAAAGGUGUCCCUUAUUCAGAUGUUUCACUGUCCAAAACUCCCCAUCAUAGCCCACACAUACACAACUCCCCAUCAUAGCCUAUACCAUAGCCCAUGCAUAAAAAAACACUCCCCAUCAUAGCCAAUACAUGUACAAAACUCCCCAUCAUAGCCCAUACAUACAAAACUCCCCAUCAUAGCC